CCAUGGAGAAUGGCCCUGAGCAGAAAAGAGAGGAAUCAGGAUCAGACGCGAGGGAGUCACAGCCAGAGUUCCUGGAAAACCAAGGUCAAACCGGUGAAAGGUCAAGUUGGCCAAAGUUCUACCACACAGGCUUUGUGCCUGAUGGAGACCAUCUGCCUGAUCUGAAGAUUUUCAGCUGAUGAGGAACUAGGAGGCUCACAAAGCAUCUUGACUGGGUCCCGGACCAGAGACGGAGCGUGUGCUGGCAGCUCUCUCCAGAGCCUGAUGGCCCAGGACCUCAGCGAGAAGGAGCUCCUGAGAAUGGAGGUGGAGCAGCUGAAGAAAGAAGUAAAGAACCCUCGUGCUCCGAUUUCCAAGACAGGAAAGGAAAUCAAAGAAUAUGUGGAGGCUCGAGCAGGGAGUGACCCUCUUCUCAAAGGCAUCUCAGAAGACGAGAACCCCUUCAAGGAGAAAGGCACCUGUGUGACGAGCUGAUGGCCUACGGUAUCCGGCCCUCUGUCUGUCUGAGCAAGUGUUCUGGGACACCCAGGGGACCAGUGAUGU